GGAUUGUUGGCUUGUUUUGAGCUAUGUAGAUUAGGCAGAAGGCAAAGCAAAUGACCUUUCUAACUAAUCUUUAGUCAAUCCUCUAAUAAUCUCCGUUUCAACACCAAACUCAGUCUUAAACAGCAAGCGAAAGCUGAAUCAAGCCUUCCAAGUUCCACCACCACCGUCCCAACCCUCUUCUUCUUCUUCUUAAUCGAAACAACCUCGUCCGUACUAAGGAAACAAACGACAGAGACUGCAACCAUGUACGUUGAUCACGCGUUUUCGAUUUCGGACGAGGAUGUCAUGAUGGGAACCUCGUACACCGUCAACAACAAACCCCCCAUCAAGGAGAUCGCCCUCGCCGUUUCCCUCCUCGUUUGCGGCGUCCUCGGCAUCGUCAUCGGUUCCCUCAUGGCCUACAACCAUGUCGGCGGCGACACUGCUCACGGGAUCUUCUUUGCAAUUCUGGGAUUUAUCUUGUUCAUACCGGGUUUCUACUACACGCGGAUUGCGUAUUAUGCUUACAAAGGAUACAAAGGGUUCUCUUUCUCUAACAUACCACCCGUGUAGCUCUACUAGCUAGCCAUGUCUCAUACUUUAGGUUCACAUAGCUUCCUCUUGUACAGAUCUUCCAUGGUUGUACUCUAUGUUCUUUCUUUCUGGUGUUGUGUUUUUUGUUUUGUCUGACAAAUGAUGAGUGUUUAGAUUGUAAUUUGUGAUUGCUAUAUAUCAUAUACUGGCACUUUCUAUGGUUGCAAUUUUUAUUUUUUUUA